UGAAAGAGGUAAGUCGGAGGAAAAUCUGAAGUCUUUCAUCAGUUUUCACUCUUGCUUUUCAACUUGGUUUAGGUUGUGGGUCUGUCCUGAAUGUAAAAGGUGAUGUUGAGAUGGAUGCUAGUAUCAUGGAUGGGAGAGACCUGUCUGCAGGAGCAGUGUCUGCUGUGCGCUGUGUCGAGAACCCCAUUAAACUCGCACGGCUGGUUAUGGAAAAGACACCUCAUUGCUUUCUGACUGGCCAUGGUGCAGAGAAAUUUGCAGCAGACAUGGGGAUUCCAGAGAUUCCUGUAGAAAAACUGAUAACGGAGAGAAGCAAGAAGCACCUGGAGAAGGAGAAGCUUGAGAAGGGGGCCCAGAAAGCUGACUGCCCUAAAAACUCAGGAACAGUGGGUGCUGUUGCCUUGGACUGCAAAGGAAACUUGGCUUAUGCAACCUCUACUGGGGGAAUCGUCAAUAAAAUGGUUGGCCGAGUUGGAGACUCACCUUGCAUAGGAGCUGGAGGUUAUGCAGACAAUAACCUUGGAGCCGUUUCAACCACAGGACAUGGGGAAAGUAUCCUGAAGGUGAAUCUGGCCAGACUUGCCCUCUUCCAUGUAGAACAAGGAAAGACCGUAGAUGAGGCUGCUGAGUUGGCACUGAAUUAUAUGAAGUCAAAGGUCAAAGGUCUAGGUGGCCUCAUCUUGGUCAGCAAAACAGGAGACUGGGUAGCAAAAUGGACCUCUGCCUCCAUGCCCUGGGCAGCGGUGAAGAAUGGCAAGCUGCAGGCCGGCAUUGACCUUUGUGAAACCAAGACCAGGGACCUGCCCUAAGCCCCAGAAGAUUGUAAUCUGCUUGCUAGCCUGGAAGUGAAGUUGAGCUGCCUGGUGUGGAGACCUAGCUUGAUCAAUUAGAUGUAGACAUGGAAAACUCACGCAGUCUGUCCCUCCUUUUGUUGCCUUGGUAAUAAGUCAAUGAGUCUUUGGGCGGGUUCUGGAGCCACAAGAAGUGCCUGUGUUGAUAGCAGUGAAGGUGGAAGCCUAGGGAGCCCUUCCUUCCCAGUCUCCAUCGUGCAAGGCUAGGAGGGAGCUGCUAGAUUUUGACCACAGAACUGCCUCUGGGUUGGGAAUGCCUUUUGGAUUGGGAGAAGAGCAAAUUGCAGAGGCUAGACUGGGAGAGUGUGGGAGCAGGGGCUGAAGAAAGGUGUUUGAGAGAAAGACCCAAGUCCAGGUGAAGCUCAGAAUGUUGCAGGGUUCAUUCUGAGGCACAAGAACAUCUGGCAAGAUGUGGAGAGAGGAGCUCUUCCUCUGCGAGGGGGAAAUGGAGCUUUGCAGAAAGCUCAGACUUCCCAACACGGGUCUGGGUACUCAGAGUCUCCAUAGCUGCCCAAUCUGUAGACUAAUGAGUCUGUGGAAUUUCUUAAUGUCUGGGGUCUUUCUUGACUCAUAGGUGAGCUCCCAAAAGUCAGCCCCACCUGAUGCCAGCCCCAGUUGUCUUCACAUGGGCUUGAUUGAGCUCAUGACCUUUCCAGCCUCUCCAACAGCGGGUUGGCAGAUGGCUGCAGAGAUGACACUGAGUCACCGAAGGAGUAGACUGCCAGUGCUUUGGGACAGUCCCACACACACUGAAUCAAAUGUUCAGGGUGGUGAGCAUGACACAGAAGCAGGCUCCUCAGUGGAGAGCGCCCUAUGCACCUGACAUCACCCUGGAAAUGGCAUGUCUGCUCAGCUUUUUAGUCUAUCAGGAUUCCCUUCUCUCUGGGAAGAAACUGGUUAACUUUAAAUAACACAUGCCACUAAUAAAAUGUAUUUUUGAAAGAA